AUUUACACUUCAUAAUAUCUCUUCACCCACUUCUCUUCUUCCUCAUUUAUAACAGACACAUUUAUAUAUUUUGGACUCGCUAUUGAAAUUUUUUAGCAUCUCUUUUCAUAUUAUUGAAAUGGUCCUCCUCUCAUCUUAACCCUAUAAAAUUCUGUUCCCCUUUCAGUUUCAGAUUUCUUUAUUUUCUCGUUCAUUGGACACUGAAUGUGAUACAUACAAGAAACAAAACUUUAAAAGUUCCAUCAAUGGAGGUUUUUGUUCUUGUAUUCAACAAGAGAAGUCUAUUUCUAAUCUUCCUAGUUUUUGUAAGUUUCUUUCUGACGCAAAAAGUUACGCAUGUCUCUGCCGUUAACUACACCAAACCGCAUAGACAAGUCAGUAGCUUGAGAGCUGAGAGGAUCCAAAAGCACUUGAACAAGAUCAACAAGCCUUCCGUCUUCACCAUCCAGAGUCCAGAUGGUGAUAUAAUAGAUUGUGUACCAAAAAGAAAGCAGCCAGCUUUGGAUCAUCCACUCUUAAAGCAUCACAAGAUUCAGAAAGCACCGACGAGAAUGCCGCAGAUAAUGGAAAAGGAGAGAAGCGUUGAUGUUGAAGAAGCAGCCAACGUCUUGGAAAGUGCAUGGCAGAUGUGGCACGUGAACGGCACGAGGUGCCCCAAGGGAACUGUUCCCAUACGACGCAACACAAUGAACGAUGUGCUCAGAGCUAAGUCUUUGUUUGACUUUGGCAAAAAGCGACGUAGUAUUGACCCUGAUCGACGGACAGAAAAGCCUGAUGCCCUUGGCACUAGUGGACACGAGCAUGCGAUCGCGUAUACGGAAACAUCGUCGGAGAUAUACGGAGCAAAAGCUACGAUAAACGUGUGGGACCCGAAGAUUGAAGAAGUGAAUGAGUUUAGUCUCUCACAGAUUUGGAUUCUCUCGGGAUCUUUCGUCGGUCCUGAUCUCAAUAGCAUCGAAGCUGGCUGGCAGGUCAGUCCGGAGCUGUAUGGUGACAACAGACCAAGGUUAUUCACUUAUUGGACGAGUGAUUCAUAUCAAGCGACAGGAUGUUACAAUCUUCUAUGUUCUGGAUUUAUCCAAACAAAUAACAAGAUUGCCAUUGGAGCAGCCAUUUCCCCUCUCUCCACUUUCAAGGGAAACCAAUUUGAUAUCACCAUUCUCAUUUGGAAGGAUCCAAAAAUGGGCAAUUGGUGGAUGGGUUUAGGCGACAACACACUUGUCGGGUAUUGGCCAGCAGAGCUAUUCACCCACUUAGCCGGCCACGCAACCACCGUGGAAUGGGGAGGUGAGGUUGUGAACACACGUUCUUCAGGCCGGCACACGACCACCCAAAUGGGUUCUGGUCACUUUCCGGACGAAGGGUUUGGAAAAGCAAGUUACUUCCGAAAUUUGGAGAUUGUUGAUUCAGACAACAGUCUCGUACCGGUGCAUGAUGUCAAGAUAUUAGCUGAGAACACCGAGUGUUACGACAUUAAGAGUUCUUAUAGUAACGAGUGGGGAACUUAUUUUUACUAUGGUGGUCCCGGGUUUAAUCCUGGGUGUGCUUGAAAAACCAAGUGUACAUAGUUUGAGUUGGAGAAUUGGUUAAAAAGGGGGUCGAAUGUGUAAUUUGUUAAAAGUAUGGGUGUUGAAAAUUGCAUAUUGGUUUAUUGUUUUUCAUUUCUGGUUGUUGAUUAAACCUAGUAAUGGUUAGCUCUAAAUGCUUAAUAGUUCUUACACCAA